UUGGCAACAGCAACAACUCUCUGCCAACACUCCCCCACAACGCCAGCUCUCUGCCAACUCUCUUCCACAGCAACAACUCUCUGCCAACACCCAGACACAACGCCAGCUCUCUGCCAACUCUCUUCCACAGCAACAACUCUCUGCCAACACCCAGACACAACGCCAGCUCUCUGCCAACACUCAUCUUCAACGCCAGCUCUCUGCCAACACCUCGGCACAGCAACAACUCUGUGCCAACACCCAGACACAACUCCAGCUCUCUGCCAACACCCAGACACAACGCCAGCUCUCUGCCAACACUCAUCUUCAACGCCAGCUCUCUGCCAACACCUCGGCACAGCAACAACUCUGUGCCAACACCCAGACACAACUCCAGCUCUCUGCCAACACCCAGACACAACGCCAGCUCUCUGUCAACUCUCUUCCACAGCAACAACUCUCUGCCAACACUCAGACACAACUCCAGCUCUCUGCCAACACCCAGACACAACGCCAGCUCUCUGCCAACUCUCUUCCACAGCAACAACUCUCUGCCAACACCCAGACACAACGCCAGCUCUCUGCCAACUCUCUUCCACAGCAACAACUCUCUGCCAACACUCAGACACAACUCCAGCUCUCUACCAACACCCAGACACAACGCCAGCUCUCUGCCAACUCUCUUCCACAGCAACAACUCUCUGCCAACACUCAGACACAACUCCAGCUCUCUGCUAA